UUUGUAAUUAUCAUCUUCUCAAGCUUCUUAUUCCUCCAACUCAAGUUGAUGGUUCUUUUCUUCGUCUCUCUGAAACCACAAAGCCCAAAAGGAGGUCGCUUGAAGCUGCUUCCAAGAAUUUUGCGUCUGCUAGUUUUCUAUCGCAACCCACCGAAUGGAUAAACAGGAGAAAGACACAAAAGUAGGCAACUGGGCCACUGCUGAAAGUGUCCCUCGCACACAGUUCUUCGACCAAGCCCGGGGGAAAGUUGGAGGGAUAGCUCCAACUAACCGAAAUGGUCAAGCUUUUGUCGAAGACGGACAGCUUAGGCGUAAUCCUGAUGCUGCCAAGACUGAAGACUCGAAGCCAAGAAGAGGCAGUGGAAAUUCUCGUCGAACUGAUAGACCUUCAGUGCGCAAUGAAGACGUUGUUCGUAAAUCCUCAACAAAUCCACGUCGUCAGAGAAAUGAAGAUCCAGAGAAAUAUAAUGACGACAAGCAGAGAUCGACAAGAUCCAACGACAGCAACCGUGAGAGUAAACCUGCUGAAAGAGCUGCGAGAAAUCCUACAUCAGACAGGAGGUUGGCAUCGGAAGGUACUCCUGGAAGAAUUAGAUCAAAGGCCAAUACGACACCUUCUCAUGAUGAUAUAGCAGUGCCACCUUUUGCUGGGUGGGAUGACAAUGAUCCGGCGUCCGGUGAGAAGUACACUGGCAUCUUCAAGUUGAUAGCUGAAAAUCGAAGAACUCCAGGAACCCCGUAUCAGCCACCGGAGCCAAACAUUCAACCAGAAACUACUACAGAAGCUCAGAGCUGCGGGUGCCUAAGCUGGUUCUCCAAGUGAAACUGGAUAUGAGAGUCUCUGAAGUUUAAGCCUAAAGCCCCUUUUAAACAGCUUCGUUCUCGAAGUUCUCUUCAUAGCUUUAUUAUGAUGAAUAUUUCUUGCGUGUUCCGUAUAUAUAUUUUGUACCCUGACCGAUUCUACACAUUCUUGUAGUUAUACUAUCAAGUAUUGAAAAGACUGGUUAUCAAAAUGCAGGAAGAUACGUUGCAGAUG